AUGGCUCUUCUGUUGGAUCAUCAGUUCAGACAGCUGCCAGCUGACAGACAGGUGGAAACCAGACCGUUUCUGGAUGCUGUGUCGUACCUUCCAACUUUCUUUGACUGCCUUGGCCCAACUAUUUUUGCACCAAUAAAAUCUGAUAUAUGCGGCAACCUCACAAAAAUCAAGGCAGUUUAUGAUACCAACCCUGGACGCCACAAGACGCUUCAGAUGCUCCUAGAGGCUGAGAAGGAAAUGCAUGGAGGUGAAUGGCCUAAAGUUGGAGCAACGCUCGAGCUUAUGUGGCUCAAAAGGAGUCUCAGAUUUAUCCAAGCGUUCCUACAGAGCCUGGUGGAUGGGGAAAAGGACAACAGCAACCCCAACCUCCUCCGAGUCAAUAUCACCAAAGCUUAUGAAAUAGCCCUGAAAAGGUAUCAUGGGUGGUUUGUUCAGCAGCUCUUCAAGGCAGCUAUUUAUGCCGCUCCCUACAAGUCAGAUUUCCUGAAGGCGCUCUCCAAAGGUCGGGAGGUGAAAGAGGAAGAAUGCUUGGAAAAAAUCAGGAAGUUUCUCAUCAACUUCUCUUCCACUGUGGAUGCUGUUUAUGACAUGUUUAGUAGAAUGAACGCUGAUCUCGACUACAAAGUGUGA